AUGACCUUGGCACACCUUCGGUCGACACCACUGCAUUCUGUGGAACACACAAUUGACGUGUCAUCCCACCAUCAUCAUGCAGCAGCCCCCAUGACGCCCGACGUAACCUACUGCCAGCUCACCCCCACUGAAGAAAAGCAGUUGCAUCACGACGAUCACAUAUGUCCUCCUCUUUUUCCGCACGAAGGCCUGCCUCGCUGGCCCGGUGUCUCCACCGCCACUGCCUUUCUUCGCAGUUUGGACCUAUUCGGCACGUCUAUGUUCGCCGUCGGUGGUUCGCUCGCAGCGGCUAAUACCGGCUGUGACUUGAUCGGGUGCAUCAUUGUGGGGACUAUCGCGGCCGUGGGGGGCGGCACUUGGCGCGACGUGAUUGUGCUCCACAAGCAGCCGUUCUGGGUGCAAGAAUGGGAGUAUUUGGUGCUCAGUGGGGCCGUCGCGGCGUGCAUGUUUCUCACGUGGAGGCUACUCCCCCCCGGUCAAACGCUGUGGGGGGCCGCAUUGAAAACGUCCACGGGGGACGCCGGGGUUCUUUUGGAAUGGGGCGACGCCGUCGGCAUUGGCGUGUGCGCUGUGAUUGGUGCGAUGAACGGCAUCCGAUCUGACUGCCCCAUGUUCAUUUCCGCCCUCUGUGGCAUGAUCACCGCCACCUUUGGAGGACUCACUCGCGAUGUUGUGCUCAACCAACCCGUGCGCAUCUUGUACUCUCACGCAGAAGUGUACGCGAUCAUUGCGUUCACCGGAGCUGCCACGUACUUGAGCCUGCACCGCAUGGCGCCCAAGCAGCAAGCGGCGCGCAUCUUGUUUUGCGUGGCGUUAGUUGUUGUGCUGCGCCAACAAGCGUGGACACACGGAUGGCGCAUGCCUGUGUGGAAAGUAAACGAUGACGAUUCAUUGUAG